CGGUCCUUUCUUCGAAGACUGGCUGUCCCCGCGUGUCGCUCGGGCUCGGCCUGGUUAUCGACAUGGCGACGUGUUCAAUUGCGAGCGGCCGCGCGGGAAGGGUCUGCACUGACCUGGCGAGGAGACAUGUGGGAGCGCCGCGUGACGGUGAUUUGCACGGAGGAGUCACAGCUUCUGCCGGUGAACAAGUGGCACGACUGAGCAGACACGUAACUCCGGAGGCAAUCACCUUACCACGGCCGUGGAACGGGAUGUCCUCCGUGGCCGSCGAUGGGAUCUCAAUCCCAUCUACUCUCAUUUCGUCCUACGGGCGGCGAAGAAAGGGUAACCCUUGGCUACGUCGAGGUCGGGCAUCUGUCUCGAAGGCAAAGUCGGGUUACGCACUCCUCGACGUGUCACUGUGGAAGUGGGAGAUUGAACACCGCUCGGAGGGUAAGCCAUGUACCGGGGCGAGGAGAAAGGUGACCAGGAGGGGAGCUUCUCCUCCCUUCAUGGCGCUAGCUAUGGCUGGCGAAUCUCCCCUCCCUUCAGACUCGAGCAACACGUCUUCCUCGUCCUCGGAAAAGCAUGCAGCAGCCGUAACUGCUACGGGCACAGAGGAGCAGGCGGCGGGGUUCGAUCCCCUGAACAUGCAGAAGAAGGAUCGGUACGCUAAGCAGCGAGCCGACGUGGCCGGCGAACAGCAAGCCUUUGAUUGGACACGUCACUGGUAUGGAGUUGCUGUGGAGUCUCAUCUUGAUAGAAGGCAGCCUCAGGCCAUCACGGUGCUGGGCCGUCGGUUCGUGUUGUGGUGGGACAGUUCAACCGAGGGCGUCGACUUGGCCAACCGAAAGGUCACAGAAGACAUAGAGAAGGGCGGCGGGGUGUUGAGCAAAGCUGACUACGUGGAUGUGAUUCGCGAAGGCACGUGGCGGGCUUUCGUUGAUCAGUGUCCUCAUCGACUGGCGCCGCUCUCAGAAGGGAGGAUUGACGAGCAAGGGAGGCUUCAGUGCUCGUAUCAUGGAUGGUCCUUCAGCGGGAAUGGGACAUGCAAGAGCAUUCCACAAGACGGACCGGACCAACGUGCAGCCAGGUCGCCUCGUGCAUGCGCUGCUGUUGUGCCGACGGCCGUCGUUCACGACGUGGUGUUCCUGUGGCCGGACGAGAGUGCCCAUGCCGCAGAGCUCGCUGCCAAGACCCCUCUUCCCAUCGAUCCUGGCGUGCACUUGCCGGGGCUCUUUCGCCCAAAGAGGUACAUGAGAGAGCUGGCCUACAGCUACGAGACUCUGGUGGAGAACGUGGUGGACCCCACUCAUUUGCCCUUYGCCCACCACAAAAUUGACCGCUUUWUGAACAGGAGCGACGGGGCGCCUUUGGACCUGCAAGCUCAAUCUAAGGGUCCUCAGGGGUUCUCUGGCCGAGGCCAGGAGAUGCUAAACGUGCCAUGCACGUUGUUUAUAGACUUCCAUGCUCCCAGCCUCUUAACGUAUCGGAGGGAGCUGACCUUCAUGGGUCAGCCUAUGAUCUUACUGAACACUUUUUACGUUACACCGACCGAACCCGGACGUUCCUUGAUCCUUAACGGUUUUGCCUCCACACAAGUUGAACAGCGACCGUCGAUCCAGUCUUGGAUGACGAAUCUGGUGUCCAAGUUCCAAAACCGGCACUUGUACUUCAAUAGGUUCUUCGACUCCGAUGCUCACUUUCUGCACGUGGAAGAGAACAUCCUUAACAGGAUGAAGAUGGAGCACAAGAAAGAGUGGAACGAAGUAUACUACCUGCCCACGGCCGCUGAUCGAUUGGUCAUUGCCUUCCGUCAAUGGCUGCACAAAUACGCUGGAGGGGGUGUGAAAUGGGCUGCCAGCACUACUUCUCGGGCCGAUAGAAGUCCGGACAAGGUUUUGGAUACGGGUGCUGAAUACACGGKUUUGCCUCGCACAGAGGUCAUGGAUCGGUACAACCAGCACACAGCAAGGUGUCAAGUAUGCACGAGAGAGCUCAACUUCUACAAGAGAUUACAAAAGGGGGUCUGCAUAGCCUCCGUGGCAUUUCUGGCAAUUGCUGCUUGCAUCUCGGGCCAGUCUGGGACCCCAGCAAUGGUGUCCAGCGGGACCACUGCCACGGUGUCAGCAGCUGUGUCUUCUGCAGGAGGGAAACUCCUGGGUCUAUCCCUGCCCGUUAUCAUUCGGGUUGUGCUCGCCACCCUCUCGAUUGCGGCAGCYAUGUGGGCCCURAAGCUGGAGGACCAUAUGCAGAAAUUUGUCUAUGAGGGAUACAACCAUGCCCUCAUUUCCUAGACAUUCUGCGUUGUGGCAGGGGUUACCUCUACCUGGGGGUCUGCUUGGCGGCAGUACCCUAGGAUGGACGUUUUUGGUAUGAUAGCAAGCAGGUUCACAGUACCCUAAGAAGGACAUUUUUAGUACCCUAGCAUUGCCUCUACCUGGAUGUCUGUUUGGGGUCAGUACAUUUUAGUGGGCUAGCAUGGACUCCCUCCCUUCUCACCGGCCUCAAAAGAGCCAUGUAUUUUUUUAUUUAUUGUCAAUACCUCCCUAUGUCAGGAUUAGGAUU